CACGCACAACUUCCGCUAUACAUUUACAGAAUUUAUCAGGACACUAAUUUCAUGCGUCACCCAAGAUAACAUGUACAUCAAUGUGUGAAUGACAUGCAGUAUAGUGUCUGUGGAGACCAAAAUACUGUAUAACGACACAACCGCCAUCAUCCACCACAGGAAGACCAUAUAUAUCAUCGAUAUCUUACUAUGUUCUCAAGGCACGAAACAUGGUCGAGAGCUGCUGUUGUAAUUUUAUUGCUAUCCUUGACUGAUGCCGCGCUGGAUAAUCUCCAGGACAAGAGAAAUGUGACAUCAAUGGACGCUGUGGUUGAGGCCAAUACCAAAGAAUCGUUGACCGGAAGAACGCAAGACGCAUUAGAUGACAUGAUUUUCCCCAAGAUUACAUCAUCCGCUGGUUCCCAGGACUACUCGGCUGCUGCAGAUGCGCGACACAAAAUUUGGCCAAAUGGAAAGAUUUUUUACAAGAUGAGCCGAAAUAUAACACAAAAACCUAACUAUGUACGAGUAAUAAAAGCAGCCAUGGCUGAGUGGGAGAGAGGCACUUGCAUUCGUUUUAUCAAUAAAACCAACUCGAAUGAUGUGAAGGAAUAUGUAUAUAUCUACUAUGGAGCGGGCUGUCGUGGCAGUGUCGGCAAAUGGGACGGCAAGACGUCACUCUUGUCAUUAGGAAAAUUUUGUGACAAAUUUCGGAUUGUGUUACACGAGCUUGGUCACACAAUCGGAUUUUUCCACGAACAAAAUCGGCAAGACCGAGAUUACUACGUGGAAAUUAUUUGGAGAAACAUUAAUCCGAGAUGGACAAGAGCAUUUUACCUGAGAAGAAAUCGUAUCAAAAAGCCCUCCACACCAUAUGACUAUUACUCUAUCAUGCACUAUGGAACACACACCUAUUCUAUAAAUGGUAAACCUACACUCAAGUCACGUGAUCCGUCAGUCAAGUAUCUUGGUAACACUGGGUUGAGCUUAAUGGACAUUAAACAGACAAACAUACUCUACAACUGCUUUGAUUUUCCAAACUUUCCUGAAGACUUCUUUUUCACAAAGGGAAAGCAACCGAAAAAUCCAAACUGUGUUGCUAUGGAUGAACCAGAGGAUCCAUUAUGGAACACUACAAAUAUUUGUUACAAAGAGGAUAAGAAAAUCAACAUUGUAUGGUCAAAAUCCGGGCGCGUGUCUUCCAUGAUCUGCACGAACACGGCCAUCCCUCACAGGGAUUCCUAUGCCUGUUUCUGGCAAGAUAACUAUAUAUGUGUUCCACGUGACAGCGUACUGAGAUUUGGUUGGUCAGUUUCUGGUCCAAUCAAUGGGAUGAAGUGUGUAGGGAUCAGAGUGCAUGCUGGGAGUCCUUAUUUGUAUUAUCUUUGUGCUGUACGCACGAAUAAAGUAACACCUAACGAUAACAAAGUUCUACAAAGCAACUACACCUCUUGGUCACCAUGGCAACCAUGUAGCAAGGAGUGUGGGGGAGGAAAUCAAAGUCGCUUUCGCCAGUGCAAAAAUGAAAGACUUUGUACAGGAAGCCUGGUGGAAAUGAGAGUUUGCAACAAGAAUAAAUGCUCAAGUUGGCCACAUUGGCCUAGAGAUUUUAAGUUCUACAUUGGAUUAUCAAAAAUUCAAUCCAUCACAACUUGCAUCAAUAUUUAUGAACGAAACCAAUACAUUCAAUGGCUGAACCACAAGUUCUGCUGGUUAAUAAUGAGAAGGAGAAAGUUAAAGAUACUUUGGUCAGAUAYGAAUGAAGUUCCAGGAAUGCGGUGUACUCAGAUUAGUGAACCUCAGGAGAAGAAAAACAGUGGAUGGGAUAAUAACUACUUGUGUGUGCAGCAAGAUGCUCCUUAUAGAUUUCAUUGGUCUGUGAACGGUUUGAUUGAUGGAUUAUACUGCUUAAAGUGGAUGGGAAAAGAAGGAAUGGAUGGAUGGGAUAACAACUAUCUUUGUGCAGAUAAAUAUCCAGAGAUUAAUUACACCUCUUGGUCACUAUGGCAGCCAUGCAGCAAAACAUGYGGGGAAGGAAUGCGAAGUAGAUUACGGCAUUGCAAAAAAGGAAAAAUUUGCAAUAAGAGGCUCAAUGAAACAAGAGUAUGCCAUAGAAAGAAGUGCCCAGGCUGUCCAAAUAACUGGGAGACAUGGAAAACCAACGGCAAUCACUUCUGCUACCUCUUCGUAUAUAAUAUAUCAACAUGGCCAGAAGCUCAAAUGGCUUGUGAAGAACACAAUGCAAAUCUGCUGAGCAUUGGAAGCCAAGAAGAAUUUCUAUUCAUCAAGAAGAACAUCCAGAAAGGAAACAAUAUUUGGAUUGGUGCCAAUGAUAGAAAGACUGAAGGAAGAUGGCGUUGGACAGAYGGGAGAAAUUUCACAUUUUCUAAAUGGAGCAGCGGUGAGCCUAAUAAUGGAGGUUCUAAAAAUAACGAAGAUUGUGCCAUGAUGAGAAAGGAUGGCAGGUGGAACGAUUAUCCCUGCGCAGAAAGUGACACAUUCUCUUACAUAUGCAAACAAGUUCCUCACUAAAAACUAUCAAAAAUUAUCAAAACUUGGACACUAUUUUAAUUUGUUUUAAAUUAAAUUGGUAAUUUGUCAGCUAAUCUUUUCAUUGUAUGCAUGACGCAAAAUCUUUUAAAUUUCCUUGAAUUUUUUCUCAUCUAUUUUUUGUAAUGUUGUCACCUAAAUUGCGUCUUCUUAAAGG